GUCCCUUACGCACAAAUACGCCCCAGCCUAAUGACAGAAUGUACCACUAAUAGGAUUAAAUACCUUGUCAUCAGAUAAGUCGAACAUGGCAAAAUCCCUGUCACUCCCAGCAAUUAGAUCAGAGCACAGCCCCAGCCCUUCCCGACGCGGGCAGCAAUUUUGCAGAAGAGGUGUUUCAGUAUUAAUGAAAGAACAUGAAGUCCUCUUGGUUAUUUAUAAUACACUUGCUAUGGCUGAAUGGUCACCAGUGUGCACCGACCAGGCAGGAGGAAAUGAAUCUCCGGGAAAACCUGAAGACUUUAUCUGAAGUUGGGGAGAAAUAUGUAGAUGAAGAGGUAAAGAAAGCUUUGAUUGGUAUUAAGCACAUGAAAAUUAUGAUGGAAAGAAAUGAAGAUAAGCACAUAGAUCUGAUGAAAACUUUGAAGAAGAGCAGUGAAGAAAAACAGGAAGCCUUGCGACUUAUGGAUGAAGUAAAGGAAAGAUUAGAAGAAGAAGAAAGACAAUGCCAAGUAUCUUUGAAAAAUCUAUGGGAUGAAUGUGAAUCUUGCUUAGAAAGUACCUGCAUGCGAUUCUAUACGACUUGCAGACGGGGUUUAUCAACAUUUAGAAGCAAGGUUGAAGAUUUUUUGAGGAAAAUACCUCCACUUAUUUUCCCUUUUCAUGAAGAUCAAGGAAAAGACAUCCAGAUUAAUGAAAAGCCUGAGAAAGAGGAUACUCAACUAGUAAAAAUGGAAGAUCUAUUUAGCCAACUGUUAUCAGACAUGGGCUCAGUGUUUGACAGAAGUUUCAUGUUUUUCAAGCAGAUGCAAAAAGAAUUUGACCAAUCCUUUCAAACAUAUUUCAUGUCUGAUCUGGAUUUGAGUGAAUCCCCCAGCAUGCCUGCUUUACCCGAGGCCACUACCAGAAAUGACGGCUUACAGAAAGACUGGGGUAUACCCGCCUUCCUGCAGACAGUCUUUGAUUUCAGCAAGACAGUGUUUGAAGGUGUCAGUGAGGUGAUUACUGAGGUAUUCGAUGAAUACAGAGAUAAUAGAAGAGAUUUGCCAGAACAAGCCAAAGGUUCUGACAGGGGUGGCAUGUUCUCGAAAAUUGUGUCAGGACGCCAAAGGACUCUGUGCAAAGAGCUUCGAGAGAAUUCCUCUGGAUGCACACAGUUUCAUGAGAGAUGUCAGAAAUGUCAAGACAAUCUUUUGCAUGAUUGCCCAAAUGUUCCUGAACUGCACAUGAAGUUUGAUGAAGCCUUUAAGCUGGUUAAUCUCUCUGGUGAGCAGUACGAGCAGAUUCUCCAGAUGGUUCAGCGUCAUACAGAAGACACUUCCUACUUGCUGAACAAAAUGAAAGAAAGAUUUGGGUGGGUGUCUGAGUUAUCCAAUAUGACCAUCGGACCAGAAAAUAUUUUCAAUAUAGUCAAGGUGGUACCUGGAGAUGUUUCUGGUACAAACGAAACCGUGGUAGAUGUGAAUAUUUUGACUUCACCUACUUUCACCAUUAAAGUUCCUCCCCACUUAGACCCAAAGAGUGCAGAAUUCAUUGAAUACAUAGCUGGAAAAGCACUGCAACUAUAUAAGCAGAAUUUUUAAGUGGUAAGUUCAUUUUCUCUCUCGCUUCACAGAGAAUGCAGCUCUUCAUAAGAGACGUUUACAUUGCAGUAAACAUUAGUUGGAGCAGGAUUCUGUCAUGCUAUAUUCAAGACUGUCUCUUUGGAAACAACACUUUGAUUGAAAGACAAACACAAGUGUUACAGAAAACAAAAAUAAAUGCUCAGUGUUCCAGCCUGCAAAACACAGACAUUAUGAUAUUAAAAGACUUCACUUAUUUAACUGUGAAAACCCUCAAUCUUUAAGUAACAUCUGGGAUGAGGUAAUUUAAUGACAAAUAUUCCAUCAGAAGAGAAUUGCCUCACAACCACAAUCCGGAGCUUUGGCAUCAGAUAGCAUGUUUUUGCAUUCAUUAAUCAAGUAUAAAAUGGAAUUACCACUGCUCAUCUUUUUUUCUCCUUUAAUUUUAGGUUGUGCUUAAUAGCAUGUUCCAUAUUAUUUUUGACAAAAAAUGGGCUGCAAUGUUGAAUCAACAUCAUGAUUUGAAAGAGCUGUUUUGCCAUAAAAUUUUCACGUUAUCAGUGCUCUACUCAGUGUAACAGUGUUAACGCUGCUAACAGAAUCUGCAAUUUGACUUGCAGGAGUGUUCACAGAAAGAUCUUUCCCAUGGCCUUCUAAAUAUUUUUGUAGGAAGCGCUCAUGGAGAUCCCUCUCCAUGCUUAAGAGAUUGGGGAGGGAAAAACAGGCUGCAAGAAUGAACAAACUUUGUAUUCUCUAAUCUCAUGGAGAAACUCCAGGAAAGGUUGCAGAGUUCUUAAGUGGCAUCAUGUUGCUACUGGUAUCACACUGCCAUGGGGCUUGCCACAAAGUCCCAGGGAAGUCUCCAAGAUGUGCAGCUCUGGUGGACUCCAGUGCUCACAAACAGGUCUUCUAGAGGACAUUCUUGUCAUUUUUUGUCAUUCUUUUGAUGAGAGAUUCACAAUUUUUCAACAGAUGAGAUAAAUCUCUUCCAUCAGAGAGGCUGAGGUGGCCUACAGAAUUUAGUCAGAAUAUGAUAAGCCUCACUAUGAACUCUGAUUUAGGUUUACGCUGGUGAAAUUAUGUGAGUAUUAUACUCAAAACGUAUAUUUUCCAGUAGUUAGAAGCAUAUAAAGUGAAAUGCUCAGCAUCAUUUAUAUACUGUUUUCCUUCAAAAUUCUUUCUAACUUAUACUUGGUUAUUGAUAGCAUAUACUCUUUCAGAUAAUGUAAGGCUAAACUUCCUGGUCUAAUGAUGACAAUAUAAAUUUCCUUAGCGUGAUUAUGAUUUUUAGCCUCAAUCUCUAGUGCAACACAACUCGUGUAGCCAUCUCAUGCCUGAGAAAGUGUGGUAGCACUGAUCUCCAAAUCGCAGUACCAUUUUCUGUUCUGUUUGUGCAACAGAUUCAGGCUGUGUGGAAGCAUGACAAAACUAAAGAAUAGGAACUCCUCAAGAAAAGAGGAAGAUCUACAGGAAGGGAAAAAGAGAGAGAAAAUCAUUUCAGUCUCUCUUAUGUGUCAUAUAUGUUUCCACAGCAGGAUAUUUGUACAUUCCCCAUAUACAGAUUUUUCCAAAUCUUUCUAUCAAAAAAUAAAAAAAAAUGAUCAUUUAUUUUCUUUUCUCCUAGGAACGAAGAUGUGGGAAAUCUCAAUCCCUGAACUCUCCUUAGGUGAAAUACUCCUACACUCAAUGUUCAGCUAUUUG